ACCCCCGGGCGGGGUGGCUCGCAUGAGAGCCGUCAGAUGGUCAUACCCAGCAGGAAUAGUUGCGCGGUGGGGAAACCUUUCUCACUUGGUGCCGCAUCCAUCUUGUCCUAUUUAGGGUUGUGAUCUAUCUCGGAUGAUGGAUCGGGGUCCAACCUUCCGUGCUCAGCCCAGUGGGACGCGUGGGGGAGGAAAAGGGGAUCCGACCAUCCGAGGUUCGGCGUCUAUAUAUAUCGCUCACGUGCCUCAAUUCUUCAAUACCAGCAUACUAUGGUGGUAUUACCGGGGUCACCAAACUCCGUGUCCCGGUUGUCAGUCAUUUUGUCAUUUAUGCAUCCCGCAUCACCUGACACGCUUCUUUCCUUCUUCCCUCUUCCUCUUCCUCUUCCUCCCCCCUCUUAUACUAGUAGUUUUCAUCCAGACCAUUGUCAGCCUCUUGACCUUCUUUCCUCCCUUCUGUUUCCCCUCCAGACCCGUCGAGAAUGAAACCCGUAAUCAUCCCGGAUGGGCUCGAUCUCACAUCAUCCCGGUCGCGAUACGAGACCCUCCCACGACGACCCAGCGAGGCUGGCGCUUAGGAAACGGGAAGUGGUUGAACUGUCUACUUUGCUCUCCAGCGCUGUAAAUACAACCUCCGACACCAUGUCCAGUCACACUUCUCUGGGGGGGAGGCAUACACAAUGCAAGAGAAUCAAUCACCCUCACAGGAUGAACGAGGUAGCAGAGCAUGAAGUGGCUCUAGAAGAUAGCACGGCGCAGGCCAGGAGCAAG